AUGACUAGAGCUUUAAGAUUUCAAGGAAAGAUUCCUGGUAGAUUCUGGGGUCUGUAUGUGCAGGCUGCAGUAUACUUAAUCAACAGGAUGCCUAGUAGGGAAAAUGACAAGCUUAUGUCUAGGUCCAGAGUAGCUACCAUAAUGGGAUAUUCAACUACUCAAAAAGGAUACAUCUUAUAUGAUCUUCAUGGGAAAUCAAUAUUUUUUAGUAGAGAUGUACAAUUUAAGGAAGUUAUCUUUCCUUUUGAGACAUACAACAUCAAGAGUAGUAAACUGUUUCCUCCUAGUAGUACUGAUAUGUACAUGCAUGAAUAUGAGGAUCAAGCUAGUAUACAGUUCCCUCAUGCAGACAACAUGGAAAAUACACCUAUAGUGUCUGAUAGUAUAGCUACAAGAGACUCACAAGUGGAGAACUUUGUGCAAGUUGAACAUGAACAAGUAUUGACAUCUGAUCCUGUGUCACUACAUGAGAAUAAUACUAUAUUAUCCACUAAUAUGCAGACAGUAGAGUUCACACACCAGCCUAUAGCUAUUAGUAAUACUGAUAGAAAAUCUACUAGACACAAAACACAACCUGUGUGGAUAAAGAAUUUUGUGUCCUUAAGCACACAGUGUAACUAUCCAUUAUCUGAUCACAACACUUAUGGCAAACUAUCUGCUGAAUAUAGAGCAUACAUUGUCAAAACUACUAAUGAUAUUGAGCCAAGAACUUACAAAGAAGCUAUGCAGGAUCCAAAGUGGAUAGAAGCAAUGAAAAAUGAGAUAGAUGCUCUAGAAAGUAAUGGUACAUGGGAGACAGUCAAACUACCACAAAGGUAA